CAAGCUCUUGAUAAAUGAUGUGCAUUCCUCAAUGUCGUGGGCUGGCAAACACCAAGACACCCAAAGUACUCCGUAAUCAGGGGCCAAACAGCCUUUGUGAGUUAUGGGAUUGGAUUAAUAGAGUGUGUCGACUGAAAGUUGAUAUGACCUGCUACAAGAACAACUGGUGGCAUUGGUCAGCCAAGAUAGAUUUCAAUAGGUCUUACGGAGUAGUGUAGAGGUUGAUUGAAGAACGCGAAACCAACACGAAUCAUCAUUGUCCCUAAAUCCACGUCACGUCCCUUUCAUAGGUACCUUACUUCAACUCAGCCUCCAGCCUCCCCGUUAAUCUAAUACUGCGCUCCGAACGACUAAAACCGUCAGCGUCAUCAGCCCUAAUUAAUAUCCCCAUCAACUCGGCUAUCUGGCUCUUUCUCGCAUGUAUUGACGCUUGACACCCAUGCCUACCCCUAUGGUCGUGGUUUGACAAACUCUCCUCAAGCAUCGCAACCAUGGAGCCACCUUCCAACUCCAAUUCUAUUUUCAAAUCGGCGAUCCCCUCACUCCCCGCCCCGGCUACAACACAACUCCAGGCCCCGCCAUCGCCGCGGACUCAUCGCGCCCUUCGACGCCUUCAAUCUGCGCACACUCUUGGAGCCCGCGCUCGCGAGCAAGGCACGCCCUCGCUCAUCUCCCAGCAGCGCCACCGCGACACCCAGCGCAAUGCUUCACCAACAAGACCAUCACAAGCGCCUCCUGCUACUUCAGGCACACCCAGCUUCUCCCAGAAUAUCAAUCGCUCACCUCAGCGCGGGCGCGCUAAUAGCGAUGCCACCCCGCCACUCAUUCACCAGAUGAAUGUUGUCACAGCUAGCAAGCGUGCUGGGAGUAAGAAACCCGUAUUCUCGCAUGGCCAUUUGCCUCUUCAUCAGAUUAUCCGCGAAGGCCCAACAGAUGGUGAUUUCUUGGGCGCUUUGGAGAGUGCUCGGUGGAAGGUCAUCGAUGAAGGUGUCAAGAGUGCUGAGGAUGGCAUGUCAACAUUGAGAAUAUACGUCUGGCUCGUCCUCCUAGACGCUCCUAUCCUGUCGACCGAUGACUACCUCGCCCUCAUCCACCGGGGAGCCUCUCCGGCUUACUCCAAGAUCCGCAACGACACUUUCCGCACACUCACGACCGACCCUCUCUUCCGCCGCCGUGUCAGUGAGGCUAGUCUGAUUCGUUUACUUAACGCCAUUGCAUGGAAAUUACACGACGCGCGUGAGGAGCAACGCCAAAGCCGCCCUGGUAGUAGCCGAGCUUCACUCCCUGGUGGUAGUAGUGUCUCUGGUCGUUCUCAGUCAGGCACAAGCACGUCAUCACCAAAUGCUCGCAGUCGCGCGCGGGCCUUAACACUUACGACCGAGGGCUCUGAUUCCGGCACAGGCGCUGCGACUCUAGAACCUGGUACCUAUGUUCAGGGUAUGAACGUUCUGGCAGCACCAUUUUUAUACGCAGCUCGGAGUGAAGCAGAAGCAUUCGUGGCGUUCCACUCCUUGUUGACUCGAGAAUGCCCGGGGUAUAUUCGCGGUGCCAUGGACGGCGUUCAUCGUGGCCUUGCACUGGUUGAUAAGGUCCUUGCUAUUGUUGAUCCCAAGCUAAGCAUGUACCUUACUGCUAAGGGCCUUUCGGCUGAGAUCUACGCUUUCCCUUCAGUUCUGACGCUAUGUGCAUGUACACCACCGCUUCCCGAGGUCCUACGACUUUGGGACUUCUUGUUCGCCUAUGGUCCUCAUCUCAAUAUCGUCUGCAUCGUCGCGCAGCUUACAAUUAUGCGGACUCAAAUUCUUCAGUCACCCAGCCCAAAUAAGGUCUUAAGAUCAUUUCCCCAGCUUAACGCUGAUCUCGUCAAAUCCGUCACAAUUGGCAUUAUCAAGAAGAUACCCGACGAUGUCUAUGCUGAGAUCGUUUCUCACGCUCUUUAAGCAUGGCACAAUCUUAGGGUUUCUGGAUUGACUUACAAGCGCUGUAGCCACUCAGGGCGAUACAAGGGUACAACAUAACUGAGCAGGGGUCUGAUCGCGAAACUCACUUAAACUGACGUGCAUACUGCCAGGCGGAUGGAAGGUUUAUUUCGAACCACUCGUCCGUUACCCAGCAGCCUAUCUAGGGGAGGCAAGAAAACUCAGGACCUUGACCCUAAGCGGUGAAAACAUGUAGGUAAAUGUAAGCAAAGCUGAAGGGACUCUCUGCUAAGUUUAUUUUGAGACCCUAUAUUAGGGGUCCCAUGUUUUCUUGCUCCCUGAGGGCUACGAAGAUGUUCCAGGGUCUUGCAACAAACACACUAAUUCUAGCCGAUGCUGCCAAACCCAAAAAUAGUUUUUGGUUUAUGCUUUUUAUGAUUAUUGCAACGCGGUAUGAUGGAACGAUGCAUGGUAUUCUAAUGAUGCUCGGUAUAGGCUUGAGCAGGUUUCAACGGGUACUAGAGAGUUCCGACAGGGACGAAUGCUCUAGGAUGAAUGAAUGAAUAUACGAUUAGUUAUCUAUUGUCUAUUUACACGUGCCUCGUAUCAUAUCGUGAACGUACUGCGUCGUCCACACAUGCUUGUUGGGUCAUAUUCAAUCCGUUCAUCAAUAAAGCUCAGUACCGGCUUACAUGCAUGUGCUUUUCGUGACGGCACUCAAAUUUCUAGCUUCAUCAAGACGAUCCGAGUGUAUAGUUUUUUUUGUCUAUUAUCACUCAUGUAUGCCUGCAA